AUGGGUAAUGAUAAGAAUGCAGUACAAGCGGCCACAAGUUGGAUUGGGUUCGUGGCUUCAUGUCUGACUUUGUUGUUGGGUAUAUUUCAUGUGUGCAACGUGAAGGCACGCAUCAAAUGGCCGUCGGGAUCGGUGAUUGAAGAUGUACAAUGGUCAACAUGGCGUGCGCCUUUGUUCACGUUUACGCCCGAUAUGUUCUUUGACGUCUGGACACCGUUCUUCUUCGGUCUGCUUGGUUGUCUUGCCCAUCUCUCGCAGUUCAGCCUUGUUAAUCGUAUUGCAAAAGACUUCAUCCACUACUUUGUUUUCCUCAUGAUACAAGGCCUCUUCGGCAACAUUGGCUAUGAUGGCGGCAUGGGCAUCAUUGUCUCGGGCUUCACCUUCCUAGCUGCCCUCUUCUCCCUUAUCAGCUUCUUCAUGGACCAGGAGGCUCAAGCCUCCCUCAACCUCAACUUGGGAGUCGACGUAAGAAGACCUGCCAGAGCAUAG